UAUUUUUGUCAGUACUGCUAUAGCCGUUCAUUAAAAAUAAAUAAAUAAAAAAAAAAAAACUCUAUAAUCAACUAAUAGCACAUUAGCAUUUAGCACCCCGUAUACCAACUACCAUCCAACGCCAUCGGUCUCAUUUCCCCUGUUCCCGUUGACCGACGACAAUCAACCUCUAAUCCUUACAAUGGAAAACAUCGACGUACUCAUCACAACGCCUGUGAACCCUUACCUCGAACAAGAACUCGACAAACGUUUCAAUCUCAUCCGCCUGUGGAACUACCCACAAAAACAGGAAUUCUUCAAGAAUCACUCAGAUUCCAUCCGUGGCGUCGUCAACAACCCCUGGCACCCAGCCGACCGAGAGUUUAUCGACUCGUUACCUGCUCUGGAGAUCGUGUCGAGUUACAGUGUGGGGUUAGAUCAUGUGGAUUUGGGGUAUUGUAAGGGGAAAGGGGUUAAGGUUACGAAUACGCCUGAUGUGUUGACUGAAGAUGUGGCUGAUUUGGCUAUUGGGUUGAUGUUAACGACACUUAGAGGGAUUAGUGAGUGUGAUCGGUAUGUUAGGAGUGGGUUGUGGAAGAAAGGUGAUUUCAAGUUGACUACUAAGUUCAGUGGCAAAAAAGUGGGAAUCAUAGGUCUGGGAAGAAUCGGGACAGCCAUUGCUAAACGAGCCGAAGCAUUUAACUGCCCCAUAAGCUACUAUUCCAGAUCAGAGAAACCCGAAUCAAACUACAAGUACUUUCCAAGUGUCGUUGAACUAGCUUCCCAUUGCGAUAUCCUGGUUGUGGCAUGCCCGCUAACAGAACAAACCCGUCACAUAGUCAACCGUGAAGUCCUCGAUGCACUUGGUCCCAAGGGGUUUCUGAUCAACAUCGGGAGGGGCCCACACGUAGAUGAACCAGAACUGGUGGCUGCUCUUGUUGAAGGGCGGAUAGCCGGUGCGGGUCUUGAUGUAUUUGAGAAUGAACCGCAUGUGCCGGAGGAGCUGUUUGGGCUUGAUAAUGUUGUUCUGUUGCCACAUGUCGGAAGUGGGACCGUGGAGACCCGAAACGCGAUGGCUGAUCUUGUUAUUGGGAACCUUGAGGCUCAUUUUAGCAAGAAGCCACUGUUGACUCCAGUGGUUUAGAUGUGGUUAUGAUGACAAUGACAUCAAAAAAUGUAAAACCAAUUGGUGACACUUAUGUGCUUGUUUUCAUUCCUCAAAUUUAUGAAAUAAUAAUAUGCAAACAGAUGAUAGCAUCAUGUUUAGAGUUAAAUUGAGUUUUGA